UUUGGGUUCUUCUCUCUCUGUGGUAUUUCCUUACAUGCUCCGACCCCCGCUUCUCUCCCUUUGUGUCUCGACACACACCCAGUCCGUGACGCCCCUUUUCCGGUGGCAAACCUUCCUGGGCACUGGUGCGCUUUUACGCGCGGCGACAUGGCGCGCGUCCGGACGUCUCGCCGCGCUCUCUCGCCGUCGCCGCUCCACGUCGUCGUGCUUGCGAUCGCCGCGGCCGCCGCGUCGACCCUCGAGCUGACGCUGCUGCACACGAACGACCACCACGCGCGCAUCGAGGAGACGAGCGCGGACGCGGGGAAGUGUCCGGAAGGCGGCCGCUGCUUCGCUGGCGUCGCGAGGAGGUUCGCCCGCGUCUCAGAGAUCCGGAUGCGCGAGAAGAACGUUUUGUUUCUGGACGCCGGAGACCAGUUCCAGGGAACCGUGUGGUUCAAUUACUAUAAAGGCGCCGAAGCAGCGCACUUCAUGAAUAGACUGGGUUAUGAUGUCAUGGCAUUUGGAAACCACGAGUUUGACAACGGAGUGGAUGGUCUCAUCCAGCCCUUCCUCCAGACUCUGAACUGCACUGUGGUGAGCGCCAACAUAAAAGCCGACCGGACUCUGGCCGCCCGCUUCAAUAAGUACUACCGGCCUCACGCCAUCGUCAGCGUGGGUUCGGAGGAGGUGGCGGUGGUGGGCUACACCUCUGCAGAGACCCCCUUCUUGUCCCAGCCAGGUCGGCACCUCAGCUUCGAGGAUGAGGUGGAGUCGCUCCAGGCGGAGGUCAGGAAGCUGCAGGAGCGGGGCUAUAACAAGAUCAUUGCUCUGGGUCACUCUGGCUUUGACGUGGACAGAGACAUCGCCAGGCGAGUGAGCGGCGUGGACGUCGUCGUCGGAGGCCACACCAACACCUUCCUCUAUAACGGAAAGCCUCCGUCCACUGAGGUGCCAGCUGGCCCAUACCCGUACAUGGUGAGGUCCAAUGACGGGAGAGACGUGCCGGUGGUCCAGGCCUACGCCUUUGGGAAAUACCUCGGGUACCUCAAAGUUCGAUUUGACGAGGCUGGAAAUGUGAUAGAAGCUGCUGGAAACCCCAUUCUGUUGGACAGCAGCGUACGUCAAGACGAAGGCGUUCUCGCUGAGGUGAAGGAGUGGAAGGAGGGCCUGGCCUCGUACUCCACGCAGUACGUGGGACAGACGCUGGUCUACCUCAACGGGACGUUCCAGGAGUGUCGCUUCCGGGAGUGUAACCUCGGCAACCUGAUCUGCGACGCCAUGCUUUAUAACAACAUAAGAAGUCCCGACGAGCUGCAGUGGAACCACGUGGCCCUGUGUCUGAUGAACAGCGGCGGCAUCCGCUCGCCGAUAGACGAGCGCUAUAAAAACGGUUCCAUUUCCAUGGAGGAGAUCCUCACCGUUCUGCCGUUCGGAGGGACCUUCGACUUGGUCCAAAUGAAAGGCUCCACGGUGAAAAAGGCCUUCGAACACUCCGUUCACAGAUACGGAGGCAAACAUGGAGAAUUCCUUCAAGUCUCGGGGUUCCGCGUGGAGUACGACGUCUCCAGACCCGCGGGCCGGCGCGUGGUGUCCCUGUCCGCGCUCUGCACCCGGUGCCGGGUGCCGCGGUUCGAGCCGCUGGACCCGGAGAAGACCUACGCCGUGGUCAUGCCGUCGUACGUCGCGGCCGGAGGCGACGGCUUUAGCAUGAUCAAGGAGGAGCUGCUGAAGCACGACACAGGUGACAUGGACAUUUCCGUUGUCGCCAACUACAUCUCGGAGAUGAAGCGCGUGUUCCCCGCGGUGGAAGGUCGCAUCACGUUCCGGAGCUCGGCCGUCCGCACCGUGUGCGGCCUUGGACUGGUGCUGCUGGGUUCGAGUUUGUCCUUGACCCUCUGAUUAUCAGAGUGAGAGCCUCGUUAAAGAACAUACUUCACAUCUCUGUAGAAAUGUCUGUCUGUUACUGAAUCGGCCUCGUUUUGUACUUUUCUACGGCUUUUCUAUUAAAUUUAAAUAAACAAAUUUGUUAUUUGAAAAUGUU